AAGGAGGCCGGUAAAUGGAGACAUCUCGGCCCGCACGAGAUGCUUCUAGCGUCGCCGUCGCCGCCAGAUCCUUCCCUUACCCUUCACAGCAGACAGAGCCAGGCUCCUUCCCUGACCGCUACUCCGACAAGUUGGGACUCUUAGACUCGCCAUUGUCGAGUCGCACGGCGGCAUGCACGAACAAUGUAACAGGCAACGCCGACAGGUUGGUCAUGCGGUACACUUACUGAGAAAAGGGAGGAAAGGGGUCAAGAAGGGCCGGCCGAGGUGCAUGGAGAGGUCGCCGAACAUGGAGGAGAAGAGAGAACAAACAACGCGCGCAUGCGGCCACUGCAGUGCUGGCAGCUCGACGGUACCACAAUCGUCACGAAACAGUCCUUCGUCCAAAAUCGUGCACACUCGGCUCGCAAACCUUCGAAAAAUUGAAUCUCGGCUACCCGCCAUUCUCAGAGACCACAUGCUCCGUUCCGGGAGCGUCUCGUCUUCGGGACCAUAUGGGAUGGUUGCAUCUGAUUUCUUCGAGAUUCGACGGAUCUUGGUGGAAUUAAGAAUACCAGGAUUUUGCACUACGUGCAUCGUUAGGAUUCAAAAUGUACGUAACCUACCGAGCAGGAAGGACAACUUUGAGGUAUAGCCCCAGGCCGCCGUAGUCAAUGUGUCGGCAAUGCCAUGGAUGGACGGACGGCCCUUUAAGGGGCUCGAGCGAGAUUUGACCGAGUCGCUCAAAAACAGCCGUCACUGCAGGGGAAUUAUGCUCAAUCACUCGUCCAGAUUCCAUGUACUAAUGCGCUCUCUCUGCUUGUCCGGUGUUCGUGCAGCAUAUGAGAGACACAGGACUUGAACAGACCUGUGAUGGAUGAGACAGCU